AUGGCCCAAAGAUGGUUCCACAACUUGAAAAGCAGCUCCAUCUACUCUUAUGGGUACUUAUACCUCAUGUUUAUGCGACAGUUUGCUAGUUCCAAGAGAAUGGGAAAGACCGAUAUAUCUCUGAUGGAUGUCAAACAGGAACCGCAUGAAUCGCUAAGGGAGUACGUAGCCAGGUUCAACAUGGCCGUGCUAGAUACACCAGAGGCAGAAUCACAAAUCAAAUGUUACGCGUUCGUCCGAGGAUUAAAGCAAGGCCCCCUUUUCGACGCAUUACAAAUUACACCGCCAAAGGAAUUCGACAACAUCAUGGCCAUACUACCAGGAUACCUGCAAUUGGAGGACGCUAAGGCCGCACGAAGGGCCGAAGCCGAUAAACUCCGCGUGAAGAAAGGUGACAACGGGAUGCAUCCCAGCGAUAAACACUCUCAGAGAACACCAUACAAGGGUCUACCACCAAGAAUACCAGCCAUGGCAGUCGAGACUAGGUCCCCUUCCCCAGGACCUGCGCAGACUGAUCGACGCAACAAAGGCGGUGAUAUACAGGAACGCCAUCCGUUGAACAGGCCUGCUGACGAAAUCUUCCAUCUUGUCAAAGAUGAAACUUGGUUCCGAGCCCCGUGGAACUACACCCGUGGUAAUCCCAAACCAGGGAAAAAUGACUUGUUAUGCGAAUGCCAUAACGCUUAUGGACAUACAACAGCGAAUUACAGACACUUGAUGAACCAGUUGGAGAUAUUGGUGAGACAAGGUCGGUUGGACAGAUUUGUUGCUGGACCUCCGAAGAAAAUGAACAGAGAACGGCACAACCGUAAUCAUGAUAAUCACAGACGCGACGAGAUGGAGAUGAGGAAUGGCGCAGAUGACAGACGCGAAGGAGAACUAAGGAAUGAAAUACCAGAGCGACCACCUUUCCAGAGGGAAAUUCAUAUGAUCGUCGGAGAAAAUGGUACGCCCACAUCAAACAGAGCGAAGAAACAACUUGUCAGGGCUGUAAGAACAGGACACUUUAACUCAAAGGUCAUGGCUAUUACCAGCGCAGCCAGUGAACCCACCAUAUCCUUUGGCCCGGAGGAUGCCAGAUCGUUAAUGUACCCCCAUGAUGACGCUUUAGUCUUCUCAACAGACGUGGCCGGAUGCCUGGUCCACCGAGUUUUCGUAGACUCGGGCAGUGCGGUGAAUAUUGUGUACUGGGACUGCUGGAAGGCCCUUGGCUUGGAUAUCAAUAUUGAACCAACGAAUGCACCACUCUAUGGAUUCUCAGGAGAAUCAGUAGUACCGAUCGGAAUGGUAGAAUUGCCGGUCACCUUGGGACGAUCGCAGGGUUAUAAAACCAGAACAAUCAGAUUCUUGAUCAUAGAUGCUCUGAAGCCCGCUUACAACAUCAUUUUGGGGCGGCCUUCUCUAAACACCUUCAAGGCAGUGGUUUCCACAUUCUAG